AUGAUUACAGUGAGUGUUAAGUGGCAAAAGGAACUUUUCAAAGAUGUAGAGAUUGAUACCAGCCAGCCCCCUUAUGUUUUCAAGGUCCAAUUGUUUGAUCUAACCGGAGUGCCUCCAGAAAGACAAAAAAUUAUGGUCAAGGGCGGACUUUUAAAGGAUGAUGCUGAUUGGGAAAGGUUAGGAGUGAAAGAGGGUCAAAAGCUAAUGAUGAUGGGAACUGCUGAUGAAAUUGUGAAAACUCCAGAGAAAGGAACUGUUUUUGUUGAAGAUCUUCCUGAAGAAGAACAAGUAGCCACUGUUGGACAUACUGCUGGUCUUUUCAAUUUGGGAAAUACCUGUUAUAUGAACUCAACAUUGCAAUGCCUCCAUUCUGUGCCAGAGUUGAAGUCGGCUUUGAUUGAUUACUCACAUUCAGGACGAAACAAUGAUGUCGAUCAGUCGUCUCAUUUGCUGACCGUCGCAACCCGUGACUUAUUCAGUGAGCUUGAUAAAAGUGUCAAGCCCGUCGCCCCUAUGCAAUUUUGGAUGGUAUUGCGGAAAAAGUAUCCUCAAUUUGGCCAGCUGCAUAAUGGAGUGUUCAUGCAACAGGAUGCUGAAGAAUGCUGGACACAAAUUCUAUACACACUUUCACAAUCUCUAAGAUCCCCUGGAUCUAGUGAAAGUACUGAUGCUGUGAAGGCUCUCUUUGGCGUAGAACUUAAGAGCAGGAUCUAUUGCCAAGAGAGCAAUGAAGAAAGCUCAGAAACAGAAUCUGUUUAUUCACUUAAAUGCCACAUAUCGCAGGAGGUAAACCAUCUGCAUGAAGGACUAAAACAUGGUUUAAAAUCAGAGUUGGAGAAGGCUUCCGCUGCUUUGGGUCGUAGUGCUGUUUACCUGAAGGAAUCACGCAUCAAUGCCCUGCCAAGGUACUUGACUGUUCAGUUUGUCCGUUUCUUUUGGAAGAGGGAAUCAAACCAGAAGGCUAAGAUUUUGCGAAAAGUAGAUUAUCCUCUGGAGUUGGAUGUUUAUGAUCUUUGUUCUGAUGAUCUUAAAAAGAAAUUGGAAGCUCCUAGACAGUUCCUAAGAGACGAGGAAGGCAAAAAGGUUGGUCUGAAAGUGAAUGAGAAAAGCUCUGUUCGCAAGGAAAGUGAUGUAAAAAUGUCCGAUGCUGAGGGAUCCUCAAAUGGGGGAGGGGAGCCAUCUGUUGCUCCAAUGGAGGAAGGUGAAAAAGAAACCCAAAUGACUGGAGUUUAUGACCUGGUUGCUGUAUUGACCCACAAGGGUAGGAGUGCUGAUUCAGGACAUUAUGUUGGUUGGGUCAAGCAAGAAAAUGGGAAAUGGAUAGAGUUUGAUGAUGACAAUCCAAAACCUAGAAUACAAGAUGAUAUCACUAGACUAUCUGGAGGAGGUGAUUGGCAUAUGGCAUAUAUAAUCAUGUACAAGGCUCGUGUUGUAUCUCUGUAA